GGGGCGAAGUCCAAAAGUCCAAAACCGGGUGAUCCAACCGAGACGGGACAAAACAGAGCUGAAAACCAGAACGGGACCCGGUACAGGGACAGGGGAAUAAAAACAGGAUGACGAGGCCAGGCGCUCCGAGCCCCGGACGCAGCUGGUCAGGACACUGAUAGGAGGCCUGUGCCCUCAAGCCGCGGGCGUAGGGCGACUUGGUGGUAGGCGGGCCUCCGGGCGUCUGUCUUCCAGUGCAGAGCCAGGAGUAGCGAGAGCCAGGAGGGGCAGGACUGGGGGCAGGGGCAUCUAAUUAGCAAAAUAAGAAAGAGCCGGCGCGCCCUUAAGAGGAGGGAUUACGAUCGUGACAACGAGAGCAGACGCAGAAAUCGUGCCUGGUCUGCACGUGGGGCCUCUUCCCUGUCACGGCUCAGAAACAGCAUGGCGCCUGCUGUCUCAGAUCGCGAAACGGACGUCACAGAAGCGGCCUCGCUGCGCUCAUGGAAGGACAUUCGGGAUUGUUUUUGUUCAGCGCCAACGGGAGGGAAUUGUGAGUUUUGAAAUUCAAGGGAUCUGACUUCGACGCCCUCUCACCUAACCUCCCCCAUCGAAGCCACAAUGUCACAGCCAGAAGGAAGCAGACUGCGUCUUCCCCGGUGUCCUGUUGAGCUGUGUGGCGCAGACACUUACUUUGAAAGGGAACGAUCUUCCCACACAAGAUCCAAUAAGCCUAUUACCGACCUGCAAAACGAAUUUACGACAGCCGAGGAUGUGUUGAUACAGUGUACACAAGGAAACAUGCAUCUUAAGAUUUUAAUAUAGGUCACCAUUUUUUUAUUUUAUGGAAAUAUACAUAAAUCCUGGGAAUAACAAUCAGUUUGCCAUGGCAUUGCAUGAGAAUGCAGUGAGAGUCACUACAGUGUUACAGCGCCAAUGGAUAAUAAAUAUUGUGCAAUAUCUACCAUUGGGUGUCAUCCUGUGAACAGAUUUAUGGAGUGAAGCACAGUUCUCUUGAGCCUCUAAACCAGAAUGCAUAACUGUCACCUUCAACUCUUUACUUAGGUGCUGUCCAUUAUAUAGCCAAUGUUUCAUGCCUCUCAAUUUUCUGCCAAUUUCAGUUUCAUGCCCCAUGCACUUCAAUUUGUUUCUUCUUUUCAAUAAUUCUGGAGUGCCUGACUGUGCCUAUAAUUGGGAACUCUCUCACCAUUCUGCUUUAAAAUCUUCAAAGCAAUGCAAGAUCCCUGAGCUUUCACAGCAGCACAGGCUUUAACACAGAGAGCGCAGGCCCAAGUGUGAACCGGGGAAGCAGGAAAAGGAACACAUUAAGAAUGCAGGCUGGGUAUUCAAGGAGUCUGUGGUUACACCCUUCCUGGGUGGCGUGAUGACAACUGCGGCUCGUCUGCAAACCGUAGGGAAGCAUCUGAUCCUCCAAGAUCAAACAUAAAACCACAGAGAGGAAAAUCAGCUCUGCAGGAAACAAUAAUGAAGCUCAUGAAACAAACCAAAAUAAUCACGCAGAUCUAAUCCUUUAAUAGCCUACUUCGAGAAUGCAAUCUGUACACAGCUGCACUUUAAAGGAGGCCUUCAGAGGAGGAUUGCUCAGCAUUGCAAACAUGGGGGACAGAACAACAAGCUCUUAGACACAAUAAAAUGGGAAGAUCUGACUUAACGUUUGGCAAAAUGUGCAAAUGAAUUAGUUUCUCCACCGCGGAAGACUGGGUAAAUUAUGCAUGCAACACACAACCCAGACCAGAGCUUGCUUUCGUACUGGAUUUGCCUUUGAAAUCACUGUUUUCAAAUGAAUGAAAGUCACAUCUCAUUUCUAACAUAGUGCACAAAAAGCAACUCCUUCCGUCCUCGUACAUUCAGAUGGACCAUUUUGCUACAGACGCUAUUACUGCACUGUUGCUACAUUUCAUUGAUAUUUCCACACGUGGUUUGAUUGGGAAAACAAUUUGUCUCAGGUGUGAGCUGAGCAUGCGUGAUUCUGCAUUAAAACGUCAGCACGGUAAAUAAGCAGCAGAGCAGGCUCCACGCUGAGCUCGAGCGAAGCUGAACAGCUCAGGUGAUACAGCCCUGGAAAGGAGAGAAUGACAAGGCAGUUAUGGCGCAAAGUUUGGGGAAGAAUCUCUCGGAACAAGCCAGCACGUUUUUGCUGUGAGCUAUUUUGUGAUAAAAGCCGUAAAUUACUUUUAUAUUUCUCCCCAGCGAUAUCUUUUGAUUCAAACAGUGUGGUUCUCUCUGUCGGAGUAAUUUAAAUGUUGUGAAUUAUUUAUGGGGCUUGGGAAGGCAAGGCGGGGUGGAGGAUAUUGAAGGGCCACUGCGUGCCGGCAGUGCGGAGGUCUGCGUCUCCGGAGAGCUGUGUGAGGGGGACCAUCUCAGAGACACCUGGCUGGAGUGUGUCUCCCACUUCCCCUGGGGCUCGAGAGAGACCCCCCCAGCAGCCGAGCCAGACCCGGACCCGCCCCGUGAGCGCGCGCCCCCGCGGGACCUCCCGGAGCAUGUUCCUCUGGACGGGAAGCAGGACUGCGCAGGGACCGGGGCCCGAGAGGAGGACGAUUUACCAGAAAAUCCGGGAGCACGACCUCCUGGACAAGAGGAAGACGGUGACGGCGCUGCGGGCCGGCGAGGACAGAGCCAUGCUCCUGGGCAUCAGCAUGAUGGGGUUCUCCGUCAUGACGUACUUCCUCCUGGGAAUCACCGUGGUGCGCUCCUACACGGAGAGCAUAUGGACAGGGGAGUCCAACUGCACUGUGCUCAACUCCAGCAUCGUGGCCGACGUGAACUGUAGCUACAGCUGUGGCUCGGACUGCUGGAAGGGCUCGAGGUACCCCUGUCUGCAAGUGUUUGUCAUGCUCAACUCUUCUGGGAAAGCAGCUCGGCUCUCCCACAACGAGGAGAUGCAGGAGCUGAAUCCUGAGUGCUUUUUUGUGCCCAAAUGCCGGAAGGACUACUCCGUGGCGCAGACGAUAAUUCGGAACAUUUCCGAGCGCCUGAAGGUGCACCAGCACUUCCCUUGCUACUACGACCCCGGGGAAGGGCAGGCCAGCGUGCUCCUGACCCGGCUGCACGGCCGCAGGGCGGUGCUGCUCUCUCUGCUCUGGCCCUCCUGCACGCUCCUGGGGGGGGCGCUCAUCGUCGCCCUGGUGAAGCUCACCCAGCACCUCUCCAUUCUGUGCGAACACAUCAACAAAAUCAAAAGAAAUAAGAAGUGGCCGGAAGAGAUGCUGAGAAGACACUACAGCACGUCAUCCUGCCAUGAGAGGGCGUGAGUGACGAAGCCCACAUCCCAUGGUCCCGGCGGGGAAGGGAGUCACUCUCCAGAGCCUGAUCCCCCUUCACGCCGAACACCAUCUCUCCAAACGGAGGGAAAACGCCCUGGAGCUGCAAGCGCAGCAUGAGCCGUUUCUGCAGUGACAUCAGCGUUGCAAACCGCUGCAAAGCAUCCAGCAGGGUGGGCCUCUUCCUGCUGUACUUGUUCUGUUGAUCGCCGGGCCGGCCCACGCAUGGAAACACUGUUCAGGGGAGGAGAACGCUGUUUCGUGGGAGUCUCCCCGGCAGGCCCAAGCUCCCUGCGGCUCUGGAGCUGCCCCUGCGCGGAGUCAGACUGCGAACAUCUGUGCUGGACGCCGAAGAGCUCUGGCAAGAGCAAGGAUGACCCCCCGCAGGAAACUGGACGCUGCAGUUUCGUUAGGGUUAGGAUUACAGUUCCUCGCCUCAGCGAGGGCCACAGUGCACUGACCGCCCAGCGGUGGUGUCCACCUGGGUCCUGGACUCACCAGCAAAAUGUGUUUGCAAUGAGCAAAGCACUCUUGUAUCACUUUAACAUACUGGAAGUACGUAAUUAAAACUGACACACACUGGAACUCAGAGCUGUUCUUAUAAAAAUGAAACCUGAGUUCUGGAAGUGGAACUCCAAAAACAGUUAAAGGUAUAAAUAUUACCUUGAUAGUACAGAAGUUAAGUAUUUCAAGUGUUGUGAAUAAGCACCGUUAAUCAUCUGUAUGUUAUCGGUGAUUUCCAUGAAGUAACAAAUUAUUCUAAAUUUCCAUGGGCAUCCUCUUUCUCUCUGAAGAGAUCAAUGUUAAUGGAGACAACCUGUGUGCGGCUCCUACGCAUUUCUGACAUAGGAAUUUGGCACCCUCUGCUGUUUAUUGUGCAGGAGAACUAGUGGACAAAAACCCGAGAACAAGUGAUAAAAACAUAGAUCAAUAUCAGAACGUACUUCUCUUCUUCCCUGAUAAAAAUGAUCUCUUGCUAAGGAAGCCCAUCUUGCUUGUUUUUUUGCUAACUGAUCUCAUCCAGCUGUUUCUUGAAACAGGAGGUAUCUGCUUCAGCAACAGGGCAGGGUAGCCUGGUCCAGCCUCCCACAACUGUACAGAUGUUUAAGUGAGAAAGUUCGUCGGUCACUUGUGAUUUAAACGCAAAGGCUGGGCGAGGCACCUGUGUAGCCAUUUCAUCCUGAUUUGAGGUUCAUAAUCAGACCAGCUGAUUCCUACAAAGUCCUACAUAACAUACACCUUAGAAAUGGCUCUCACACCCAUGAUCUGCAGUUUGUGUUCCUUGUGCUGUAUCCCAGAAAAGCCACAAAACUUCUGGAGCUCCAGGAAGCUGGAGAGCACCGCGAGAGGGAGGAGACGGGUUGAUGCGCGUCCCCUAGAUCAUCAUCACAUCCUUGAGGUCCACCAGCACUCACUAACAGACAGUCUGACAGAUAAGGGCUGAGCUACACCCACUGCCUUCUAUCUGUGAGAAAGCUGAAGAUCCACUGGCAGGUGGAAAGUGGGACACUCUACUGUAACAAGGGAAGAGGUGAGCAGUGAGUGCCAGGACCUCACAGAACUAGAGGAGCUCAUCAGAAUGCAAGAGCUACGAUCGUCACUAAUGAGCCCGUUCUUCAAACCCACACUAAAACUCAUUCAGACAUUUCAUUAUGUUGUUAUAGUCAGACAGUCAGCUCUAACAUUGGGAGGACAAAGUUUUGUCAUUUGCGAUAACAGGUACAGUACAUACUUGUCCAGGCAGUGUCGAAAGGAACAGGACAGAAGUUCACAAGACGAGAGUCACUUAGGGGCAGCUGGCAUGGCUUCCAGACACACUCCUGGGCUGUAAACACCCUGCUGAUCAGCCCUGCUGACUCCAAUGUCACGCCUGUUUGUCAAAAUGUUAGUGUACAUGCUACCAACAAUUAGCAUUUUCCUGAUGAUCAUCUGGUGAAUUAGAUCCUGUUUUAAUUGUUUUCUUUUAAUGCUCACUAUAGAAUUACAAACAUCAUGCAUGAGCCUGAGCAAGCCUGCACUGAUGAGCAAAGAAAAAAAGAAAAACAUCUCACCCACAGAGUGCAUGCGAAAUAAAGGCCACCCCCGUACCUCUGGUAGUAAUGUGUUACAUUUUAUCAUUUAAUCUGAGGACAAUCCGAGGCGUUUUGCUGAUGAUGCCAACAUGACACUGCUGAAGUCAUAAAAGAAAAGGCCUUUUUGUCAGCACGGCGCAGUCACGCAGGGUUCAAACUGUAACACACCCCCCAAAAGCAUUCAAAUAAACAUACUGCAGCAUUUACAGCUGUAUGUUUAAAAAAAGCAGCUGCCCAAUAAUUUGCAGUUUGGAGAAGGCCUUGGCACUCCUCUUUCCUGUAACGUGAGCGGGCAAGCUUUACAGCUCCAGUAAUGAUUACUCACUGCUGCCACACGCACGUAAAAGAUCGCAAAAAAAAGUACAAACUAUUUAUUUCGAAAAACCCAAAUAAAGCGGGCACGUGGCCAAACCGCAGGCUACUGGCGGAACCGACCAUGUCACUUGCAGCGAGCAGCUGGCUGCUGGGGUGUCCGGUGGAGGGGGCCCCACUGCGCUCACCCCCUCCCCCAGGAGCUGCCGGAGCUGGGGGUCACAGCGAAGGCCUCGACCUUCCCCUCCACUCACCUUCACGGUCCGGCCCCCGGCCCGCUGACGAACUCGCUAGGCACCGACGGCAACAC